UUAUUUGAACCUUCAAAUUUUAACAUUGAAACAAUCGGAACAACUGAAACCAUCAAAACGGCAGAAAUCAUCGAAGCAACGCCUGUUCAUAAGAACUAUUCGGUUUUUUCCAUUGGAUCAUCAUCUAAUAUUCUUUACAAGAAACAUGUACUAGAGAUUUCAUCUUGGAUUGAUCGUCAACCUCAACCUUAUACUUUUGGAGACAAUCCUUACGAACUCAAUUUACUUCUUAGAGGAAGUGUUGUUGGAUUUAGUUCUAAACAUUUUCAUACAUUUUGCGAUAAUAUACCUGGUACAGUGAUUGUCAUGAAAAUUCUUGGGACAGGUGAAAUAAUUGGUGGAUACAAUCCAUUAGUUUGGCCAUCUGAUGAUUCGUUUAAAUGGUUAAGUACAGAAGAUAGUUUCAUUUUUACUUUAAGAAACCAAAAAUUAUCAACUUCCAUUAUUAGUAGAGUUAAUAAUGUUAAUAUGGCAAUUGGGUGUUCUAGUUCACAUGGUCCAUAUUUUGGUAAUAAUUUUUAUAAGAUUACCGCCAAAAAAUCAAAGAAAUGGUUUUAUAAUGAUAAUGGUAAUUAUUCUAUUCCAAUCAGAGCAAAUCAUGAAAGUUUUACAGUAGUUGAUUAUGAAGUAUUUCAAGUUCUUAACAAGUACAAUGAAACCUCCAUAAAUUAA